AUGCAACGCCUUGGCUUCAGCAGGUCGUCUGCUGCCCCGGCCACAUUCGAGGAGUACUUGGAAGUUGUCCUAGCCGAGAAAGACCGCAAGAUACAACAAAACGCCGCUGUGUUACAGGCCAUUAGAUUGAAGACAGAACAACAGAAGAUGGCGAGACAGAAAGGAGGCGGCGGCCCGGGUCUUCCUUCCAGCAGAGAACCAGCUUCGAUUCAAGAUCCGGCCUCCGGUUCAGGGCCGAGUUUGGCCACUGCCAACCCAUUGUAUGGAGCUGAUCCAUGUUGGAACAUUCAGUACACCAAGAUAACGGAUAGGGCACAAGAUCGAUGUGCUGAAUGGCCUACGCUUGCAGUGUACAAGGAAGCGAGUCGGAGGGCUUCGAACAACAAAUGUCUGCCUCCUCCCAAACAGCGCAACGUUCAGGACCGAAUAGACUUGGCACUUGGAGAUGUGGCGUGGAAAGAGCAUGCAUCGAUUCACCAAGAACAUGUUAUCGGCUCUGAUGACAGAAGGGGCAUCUUCUCACCUGGGAACGAUGCUUCAACCGAGACUGGUCCAAACAACCACAUAGAUCCGAAUAGUCUCAACGAUUGGACCCGAGAAAUCAUUGACGAAAUCAUCCUUGAGACAGAGGGCAACGAGACAUCGAUCACGGACGAAGACAAAGCUUAG